CCAUUGUCUUCAAUUUUCUUGUUUAAAAAAAGUCUGGGUUGCUUCUUCUAGUGUCUAUAGACAAAUAUAAAACAUUUGAUUGUAUUCCUUUGAUAUGUCGAUACAGGCUCCUUCGCAUAUUGAAUAUAAUUCUUCGUCAGAAUAUAGUGAAUCGGAAUACGAUCCCAACGAUGAACGUUGGGAUGAUUGGGAAGAAGAAGCUCAACAAGAUCUUAAAUGCUUAUUUUGUAACGAAUUAUUCACUUCGGCAGAUGAUUUAUUUAACCAUUGUUCGCAUCAUCAUGGAUUUGAUUUUCAAAAAAUACGUGCAGAAUUAAAAUUCGAUUUUUAUCAAUGUAUCCGUCUGAUAAAUUAUAUUCGCCAACAGGUUCUAAACAAUUCUGAAUUGGAAAGUAUCACAUCAUACACAGUACAAAAUAUACAAUCAGUCAUCAAUGAUGACGUUUAUCUUAAGCCAGUUCUUGAAGAUGAUCCCUUAUUAUAUGCUUUUGAUUAUGCUGAAAGUGAAGAUGAUGAAUUUGAUAAAGAUGUUGAAAGUAAUUCUUUUGAAUUGAAAGGCCAAGAUCAAAGUAUCGAGAUUGAUCCUACUACACCUUUAGAACAUGAACUAUUAAAAAAACUUCGCCUUGCGGAAGAGCGACUUUUUAAUACUGAAGCAAGAUUUAAGACUAUUGAAUCACAAUUCAACGAUUAUCGUAAUAUGGUCAAAAACUCUUUCUUAGAUGUUUAUUCCGAUAUAAAAAGUGAACAAUCAACAGGAUCAUUGAAAAUGACAAGCACUUAUGAGGAAAGGACAAAUUAUUAUUUUAAUUCUUAUGCAAAAAACGAUAUACACGAAGAAAUGUUAAAAGAUCGAGUUCGCACAGAAAGUUAUCGUGACUUUAUUUAUGAAAAUAAAGAUCUCUUUAAAAAUAAGAUUGUACUGGAUGUUGGUUGUGGUACCGGUAUAUUAUCGAUGUUUGCGGCUAAAGCUGGAGCGUCCAAAGUUUUUUCCGUAGAAAAGUCCGAUAUAAUAGAACGGACCAAAGAAAUCGUAAAAGAAAAUCAAUUAGAUAAUAUCAUUACAUUAAUUAACGGGAAAAUCGAAGAAGUAGACCUUCCUGUAAAAAAAGUGGAUAUAAUCAUUUCGGAAUGGAUGGGUUAUUUCUUAUUUUUUGAAGCAAUGUUGGACUCUGUCAUUGUAGCGCGGGAUAAAUGGCUAGCAUCAGAUGGAAUUCUCGCUCCAAGCCAUUGUCGCCUUUUGUUAUCAGCAAUCGAAGACGAAGAAUUAUUUAAUGAUACAUUAAACUUUUGGAAUGAUGUCUACGGUUUUAAAAUGACAUCCAUGAAAUCUCCUAUAAAAACUUCUGCAAUAGUAGAAUAUGUAGAACCACAAGCUGUAAUUACGAAUGUCGUAUCUAUUAAAGAAGUACCUACAUAUACAAUUCGUAAAUUCCGGUUAGAUUUUACAUCACCUUUUACUCUAGUAUCUACUCGAAAUGGUCACAUUCAUGGAUUUCUGGGAUAUUUUGAUACGUGGUUUACACGCGACAAUCAUGAUAUUCCAUUAUCUCAGAAUAUUGAUGAUAUAGUUGAGGGGGUUUCAGGUUUUACAACAGGUCCCCAAGGUAAAGUUACUCACUGGAGACAAACUAUUUUUCUCUUAGAACAUAGUAUUAAAGUUGAACAAGGCACAAUAAUAAAUGGCACAAUUGAUUGUAAAAAAAGUAAGGAAAAUCCACGUGACCUUGAUUUCGAAAUUCGUUAUCAGGUUGUGAAUAAAGAUGCUAAUCUCAAUGAUACAGAAGAAUAUGUGCAAAAGUUUUAUUUGCGAUAACUUAUUUUUCUCUUUAUAUUAAUUUAAAAUUUUCUUAAUUUAUUAAAAUAUUUUAUACUUAAAA